CUUGCUACGCAAAAUCGCUGGGUCUUAAUUGAUUUUUGGUCAUCUUGUUGCGCCUCUUGCCAACGUUUAGGCAUCGUAUUUGAGCGCGUUGCGUCUCGCUAUAAAUCAAGUUUACUUGCUACCAGAAACAAUAUUGAUCAACAAGAAGAAAUCGCCAAGUUUUUUAAUGUACGCACUGUGCCUACAUUGAUACUACUGCGUGACGGAGAGAUUGUAGACAAAAUGGUUGGUCAUCAUGCUGAGUAUGAACCCAUGAAAAACUCUACACAGCAAAUGAUAGGCGUUGGACUAAGAAGCCCACAUUACGAAGCUGCGCUCAGUUCAGAUGUUUUGGUGGAUUUUGUGGAAGUACAUGCCGAAAACUUUUUUGCAGACGGGGGAGCGAGCUUAGCGGUGCUUGAUCAAGCUGCCGCACGUUUCCCCAUCAGUCUGCACGCCACGGCAUUAGGUCUUGGCUCAAAAUCUGGGGUAGUCCCACAGUAUGUGCAAAAGCUAAAUCGAUUAGUUGAACGAAUAAACCCAUUUUUGGUGUCUGACCACGCUGCCCAUGCUUGGUCUAAGCACAAUGACGUAUUACAGCAUGCUGGGGAUUUAUUACCUUUGGCAUUUAACGAGGACAGUUUGGAUUCUUUGUGCGAAAACGUAGAAAAACUUCAGCACCAUUUAAAGAGCCCCAUUUUAGUUGAAAACAUUUCUGCCUAUGUGGCGUUUAGCAACAACACCAUGUCUGAAACAGACUUCCUCACCUCACUUACUCACCGCACUGGUUGUGGCCUAUUGUUGGAUCUAAAUAAUUUAGUGGUCAAUGCUACUAACAAUGAAAUUACUACCCCAAUUGAAUAUGUGUCGCAGUGGCUUGAAUCCAUACCUUUAACAGUUGUCGGUGAGAUUCAUCUAGCAGGAUGCACACUACCGCCCGACGGCGAGCUCAUGAUCGAUGAUCACAGUAACCAUGUAUCAGAAACCGUUUGGCAAGCCUAUCGUUUGGCAUUAAAACGUUUUGGAGCAACGCCAACGCUGAUUGAGUGGGACAGCAACUUGCCAAGCUGGGAAACAUUGGUUGCAGAAGCACAAUUGGCCCGUCGAAUCUCGCAAGAGGUACUUGCAUCA